AUGGCUUCCAAGGUGAAAGAUGCCGUGGUGUGGUACCAGAAAAAGAUCGGCGCCUAUGACCAGCAGAUAUGGGAGAAGUCAGUGGAGCAGAGAGAAAUAAAGUUUAUUUCUCUGGGCUUUAGGAACAAGCCAAAGAAAACUGGCCAUGUGAAGCCAGACCUCAUCGACGUUGACCUGGUCAGAGGAUCAGCAUUUGCCAAGGCCAAACCAGAGAGCCCCUGGACGUCUUUGACCAGAAAGGGCAUAGUCCGUGUGGUCUUCUUCCCCUUCUUUUAUAAAUGGUGGAUCCAGGUCACCUCCAGGGGCAUCUUCUUGUUAUUACUGGCACUGUAUCUGCUGCAAGUGGCCGCUGCAAUCCUGUACCUGAGCAUCCCUCGGCCCCAUGGCAUCCCGGCCACAGAGGUGUUCGGGGCCAUUUGGCUCAUGCUGCUGCUGGGAACCGUGCACUGUCAGAUCGUCUCCACCAGGACGCCCAAGCCAGUGACCAGCAGUGGGGGCAAGAGGCGCAGGAAGUUGAGGAAGGCCUCUCAGAUGGAGGCGCAUAGGGAAGGCGACGGCUCUAGCACUACCGAUAACACACAGGAGGGAGCGCUGCACUCGCACUCGCCCAGCUCGCCCUACAGCCUGGCCUCUCUCUUCCACCGUUUAUGGCAUGAUCUCUGUAACGCUGGAUCUAAGAAGUCUAAGCUCUCCAUCGACAAGUCCACAGAGACAGACAAUGGUUACGUGUCAUUGGACGGCAGGGUGACCAACCGGAGCAGCGAAGAGGGACUUCAGCUGCUGGAGCCGCUCUGUGAUCCGCUGCCGAGGACCGAGGAGGCGUGCUGGAACUCACACUGCCCGCCCCCUCACGCACACACCCACACGCCACGCAGCAACGGACUCAUGCUGACUGCCGCCAACAAGGAGCCCGCGUCAGAUGAGGCGUCCAGUGAGGAGGACCCAGAAGUGUCCUACAGCGGCCUUCGCAGGGGAGUGACCGGCUCAGAGUGCAUGCUGCGCAACCGAAAGAGCUCCCACCACUACAAGAAGCACUAUUCUGAGGAUGUCCCAAAAUCAGGCACCAGCUGCAGUUCUCGCUGCUCCAGCCUCCGCACCCAGGAUUCUGAGAGCACCAGGCAUGAGUCCGAGACCGAGGACCUGCUGUGGGAGGACUUCCUGCACUGUGCGGAGUGUCGCUCCUCCUGCACCUCCGAGACAGAGGGAGAAGGAACCGGGACCCCUGUGUGUGGACCCUCUAAGAAGGAGUACAGAGACGACCCUUUCCACCAGGGUCAUGUUCCGUGGCUGCACAGCUCCAACCCAGGCCUGGAGAGAGUAAGCGCCAUUGUGUGGGAGGGCAACGAGUGCAAGAAGGCCGACAUGUCAGUGCUGGAGAUCAGUGGCAUGAUCAUGAACAAGGUGAACAUGCACACUCCAGGCAUCGGGUACCAGGUGUUUGGUAACAUGGUGUCUGUCACUCUGGGCCUCACGCCGUUCGCCUACAGGCUGGUGCAGUCCCGGGACAUGGAGCAUCUCACCUCUCUCUCUGGAGCAGAGGUUCUGUCUGUAGCCUUCGGGGUUGGCUCUGGGGGGGAUGCGCUGGUCUUCACCAUGGUUAUUCUCAGCUUCCUGGUGCGCGUCUGCCUUAUAUGGCUCUUUUUCUUUCUGCUGAGCGUCGCGGAGAGGACGUACAAACAGAGGCUGCUAUUUGCAAAGCUGUUUGGUCACCUGACGUCGGCCCGCAGAGCCAGGAAGUCUGAGGUGCCUCAUUUCAGACUGAAGAAAGUCCAGAACAUCAAAAUGUGGCUGUCUCUGCGCUCCUACCUCAAGAGACGAGGCCCUCAGCGCUCUGUGGACGUCAUCAUAUCGUCUGCCUUCCUACUCACGCUGUCUGUGGUCUUCAUCUGCUGCGCCCAGCUGCUGCACGUGCACGAGACCUUCCUGGAGUGUCACUACAACUGGGAGCUGGUGAUCUGGUGCUCCAGCCUCAGCCUGUUCCUGCUGCGCUUCGUCACGCUGGGCUCCGAGACCAGCAAGAAGUACAGCAACACGUCCAUCCUGCUGACCGAACAGAUCAACCUGUAUCUGAAGAUGGAGAAGAAACCAAAUAAGAAGGAGGAGCUGACUCUGGUCAACAACGUUCUCAAACUGGCAACCAAACUGCUCAAGGAGCUGGACUCUCCGUUCCGUCUGUACGGCCUCACCAUGAACCCUCUGCUCUACAACAUCACUCAGGUGGUCAUUCUGUCAGCAGUGUCUGGGGUCAUUUCUGACCUGCUGGGAUUCAACCUCAAGCUGUGGAAGAUCAAGUCAUGA